GAAGGAGAGUGUGGAGCAACGUCGAGCGGCAACCACGUCUCAGACACUGGCCAGUCAUCGCCUCGUCAAGGUGUACACCGAUUGUUGUUCUCCUUAUCUUGCCCAGGCCUCUACAAUCGGCAAAUGUCUAUUUCGCUCUCCGUGUGAUAGACGUCCGGUCCCACUUUGCCGAAUAAAAUUCGCUAGGAGGGAAACACAAACAAACCAAACAAACAAAUAGGAUUUUAAACUUUCUUAAUUACAAUAGCCCCGGUUCGUGUGUGUGUUGUGUGUGUGUUUGUGUUUGUGUGUGCUCGAGUGUGUUUUUUUAUUUGUUUUGUUUUUUCUUCUCCAACCCCGUCAUGGAGUUGUUUGAUCGCACUUUUAUUUUACGUUCGCCAACUGGACGACUGUGAAAAUAACCUUUGUAAGAUAAAAAGAAUAACAGUGGACAAAAGGGAGUUGCCAAGGAGCCAAAGGGAAUUUUUGGCGAGGAAGCCAAUGAACAAAACGACGACGCGUACCCCCCUAGGUGGUGUGAUGGACUAAUCUAACACCUCGUGCGGUACAGUAGUCAAACUGCAGGCCGUUGCCAGACAAAAACAUAUUUUUUGUGGGGAGGGAGAACCGCCUACUCUCUACAUUCAGUGGCCGUCCAUUCAUUUCUGCGGGUUUCUCAUUGAAACAAUUGACAAUUUGUUUUUAUUUUCGGAAUUUUUGAAAUUCCGGUUGAUCGUCUGUUUUUCGCCCGCCUCACGAUGCGUGAAUCUGUGGUGGAUCAACUCGACGGUCCGGCAAGAGAGAAGGAGGAGGAAAAAAUUGCAGGCCGCCGCCCAGGUCUCUGGUUAUCAUCAGUGGUCAUCCGAGUGUUAUUGCUCUUAUCGCUCCCUGAUCUGGGCGGAUCUUCUUCGACCACCAACCGACUGCCCAAUCUCCACGCGACAGAAGUUAUAGCUCUGGUCAGGGGCGUGGCCGAACUACCUUGCGAUGUGACGACUCCCGAUCCUGAAGAUCCCGUUCGACUGGUUUUGUGGUACCGCUCCGAUUCCUCGACGCCAAUCUACAGUGUCGACACGAGAGACUCGGAUUUCGGUGUGGCCGAGCAGUGGUCCGGCGGCGAAAUUCUUGGGCAGCGGGCCACCUUCCGGGCGGAUCGCCAUCCAGCCGCCCUCAUCCUGACCAACGUCAAAGCCAAAGACGAGGCAUCGUACCGCUGCCGCGUCGACUUCCGUCUGGCUCAAACCCGCAACGCCCACGUCAACCUCACCGUCAUCGUUCCACCGAGACGGCCCAUCAUCGUAGCCAAAGAAGGCCAGCUGACCACCUCGUCUACGCUAGCUCCCAUGACAGCCGGCCAAGCCCUUUCGCUCUCCUGUGAAACAUCCGGAGGGAAGCCGCUGCCGCGUCUGGUGUGGUUGCGGGACGGCCGCGUGAUCGACGACUCGUUCGUGACGACCUUUGAGAACACGGUGCGCAAUGACCUGUGGUUGCCAUCACUUGACCGCAGUGAUCUGGACGCCACGCUAACCUGCGAGGCAUCCAACUCCAACUUGACAAUGCCCGUCUCGACCAGCGUCACCAUCGAUCUUCACAUGCCUCCGUUGAGCGUCCAGCUAUUGGGAGCCGAUCAACCGCUGUCGGCCGGCAAGGAGGUAACACUGACGUGUUUGGUCCUCGGCUCCCGCCCACCGCCCGUCCUCACCUGGCAACUGGACGACCGCGUCCUUAGUGAAAUGUCCGCCCAACCGACGCCGACGGCCGGUUGGAACGAAACCAAGGGCGUCAUCCGGUUCACCCCGAUGGUGGAAGAUCGCGGCAAACGACUCAGUUGCCGGGCCAAAAACGUCAACAUUAGCCGAGUGACUGAGACGGGCGUCGUCGUCCUCGAGCCGCCAGCCGGACAACACCACAGCGCCGGUUACUUUCCCGAGCACUACAAAGAGGACGCCAAACAUCUCGUCGUUUACGCUCGGCCGGAUGUGCAACUGACUCUCGGAUCCAAUCUAAUGGCCGCCAACAUCAAGGAGGGCGAUGACGUCUACUUUGAUUGCCGAGCCUCUGCCCUGCCACCCGUGACGCGUCUCGAAUGGUUUCACAACGAAAAGAAGCUGAGUCACAACAUUUCGGUGGGCAUCAUCACGACCAACCAGAGCCUGGUGCUGCAGCGCGUGAGCCGCCACAGCGCCGGUCGCUACCGAUGCUCGGCAACCAACCGUGAAGGGGAAACAGAGAGCGACGUCUUCCAUCUCAAUGUCAAAUAUGCUCCGUUCUGCCGGCCGGGCCAGCACCGAGUGUACGGCGUGGCGCGUCACGAGGAGGCCCGCAUCAGCUGCGACUUGGACGCCAACCCGUCCGGCUCGCUCCACUUUCGUUGGCUGUUUAACAGUUCGGCGGGCGUGAUCGAGUUGCCAGCCAGCACGUGGACGGCCGAAGGCAGCCGAAGCGUGGCCCGCUACCUGCCCAGCUCCGACCUCGACUUUGGCAGUCUCCUCUGCUCCGCUUCCAACAGCAUCGGCCAGCAGGCUGUCCCCUGUCUCUACCACGUUAUUCCGGCCGACAAACCGGACCCGGUGUCCAACUGCAGCGUGAGCCACCAGUCGUCCGAGUCGCUGCAGAUCGCCUGCAGCGAAGGAUUCAGCGGCGGGUUGCCGCAGAAUUUCCUGCUGGAAAUUUUCACGGCCGACGGGGCGCUGGCCGGCUCGGCGCCCGCUCCCCAGCAGGAGACCUCGUCGCAGCGGCCCUACCUGCCGGCCGAGCUCAAGACCUUCAACCAGACUUCCAUGAAGCCCGUCUUCAUCGUGCGCGGGCUGGACGCCGACACGACCUACGUCGGCCAAGUCACGGCCGUCAACGCCAAGGGCCGCAGCGAGUCGUUCGUCGUCCGCGUCGUCACGCUCCGCCUGCCCGAGACGCAGAAGAACGUCGGGCCGGGCAAAUCCGAAGUGGAUCCACCUCGACCGCAGCCGUCGUCCAGCAGCCAAAUCAGCCCGCUGGUGGCCAUCAUCACCGGUGUCAUUUCGGCCCUGUUCCUGCUAGCCUCGCUCCUGGUGGUGGCGCUGCGGCUCCAGUGUCGCCGGGCCCAGAUGAGGGCGGCCUCGGCGGCGGCCGUCGUCAUGUCGGCCUCGUCGGGAGCCCUUUCCAGCGGGCACCGAGGCUCGGUGGUGGGCGGGGCUUCCGGCGGAGGCUCCGAGACCCUGCUCCUGGUCAAAUCGGAACAGCUGCACUCGACGACGACGCCGCUCUUUAGCAACUCGACCGACUCGGACGAUCGCAAUCCCGAUCUCAUUCCUCAUCGAGACGACGGUGAUCGUCUGCAGCCAACGGCCGUGAUGUUGACGACGACGGCAGCGGGAGGUGGUCCCCCGCUGGCUGCCAUGUUGACCGACUUGCCUCCGCACUUCUGCACGCGCCAAUUAGGCGUUACGAUGAUGGGCCAGGGCUCCUCAGCCACGCUCGGUCGCGGUAAAACCCGAUGGAGAGGCGAACAGGACGAAUUUGUGAGCCAGUCGCUGGUUCACGUUUCGUCGACUCUACCGCGGCCGCCCCGACCUCCGUGGACCAAUUCCAGCAACCACCACGUCGGCAGCAGCGUGCAGCGCUUCAACGUGACGGCCCCGCCCUCGUCAGCUUCCUCGGCGGCAGCCGCCGCAGCGCUGGCCGCCAGCAAGAAGGAGAGCUCCGUCUGAAUGAUUGAAAGGAGAGAAAAAAAACCCCAAAAAAGCGGAGCGA